AUGGACACAGUAGAUCAAGCAGUUUCAAGAGGCAUGAGUAGUCGUGAGACAAACGAACUGACCUCUAGUCUGAAUCCCAAACCCCAAAGUCAUAGCACAUCAUCUGGUUUCUGGACUCUGUAUCAUGAGCACUUCCAACCUGGUCUUUUCAGAAAGAUGUUGGCAGAGGUGGUAUCAACGUUCCUGCUGGUGUUCAUGACAUGCGCGGCAGCUGCCAUAAGUGGAAGCGAUGAACGAAGAAUCUCGCAGCUGGGAGCAUCGAUUGCCGGUGGCCUCAUUGUGACGGUCAUGAUCUACUCGGUUGGGCACGUCUCUGGAGCUCAUAUGAAUCCUGCUGUCACCAUUGGUUUUGCAUCCUUUCUGCGCUUCCCAUGGAAACAGGUCCCAUUCUAUGCAUUAUCUCAAUUUACAGGAGCUAUUGCAGCUGCAUUUACACUGCGUGCACUUUUGGACCCAAUACACCGUAUUGGCACCACAACACCUUCUGGGAGUGAUACUAGGGCCUUAAUCAUGGAAAUUGUUGUAACUUUUAACAUGAUGUUUAUCACUUCUGCUGUUGCAACUGAUACUAAAGCCGUAGGAGAGCUUGCUGGUUUGGCUGUCGGUUCAUCGGUUUGUAUAACAUCAAUUGUUGCUGGGCCGGUGUCAGGUGGAUCUAUGAACCCAGCAAGAACAUUAGGCCCAGCAAUCGCGAGUAGAGAGUUCAAAGGGCUUUGGGUGUACUUUGUGGGUCCAGUGACUGGAACAUUGCUUGGGUCAUGUGUUUACAAGGUUCUUCAGCUGAGUGAGCGCAAGCCCAUUAUUUCUCCGUCGAUUUCCCUUAGACUUCGUCGUAUGAUGAGCACUAACGCUGCCGAGAAUGACGACAAACGCCCUGCUUCUCCUGUUUAA